AUGUUUGUUGACUUGUGGUAAGAGGGUCUUUCUGAUUGGUCGAAGUUUGGGGCACGGUAAGAGCGUCCUUCUGAUUGGUCAACGUUUGGGGCAGCCGCACAUACAGCUUCUUUACGCACUUUGUGAGUUUCACGCCAGACAAGUCGCAUGUUAAACAUCAUUUACUGUGCAGCACGGCAGCAAAUAGCGGUAGAAGUGGAGAAACAAUCCAGCAGUCGUGGUAGGGAGGGAGGCGGCGAUCAUACCAGUGACCAACCCUUGACCUACAUCAGCAAGUUCACUGCGAGUUUCAUGGCCGCGGGUCGCACUCACAGGCUUCGCUGUCCCAGCCCACAGAAACCCUUCUCCAGUCAAUCCGCUAGCCAGCGACAUAACAAUCAAAGCAGACGGCGAGAAGAUUCUGGAUCUGUCAGUCAAGGUGAUUCUCUGAUCACUUGUCUCCUGCCUCCUGCUUUACCUGCUUCACUGCCACUGUGUUGAUGUGACCUCGAUGACAGUCAUAUGCUUGCAAAGCUUGUUGUGGAGUAAGGAACUGGAAUAACAAGAAGUACACUGUCAGGGUCACCAGGCCAGACAUGGAUGUGUGUGAGGGAGGGGCAGAUAAACUGGAAGGAGGAGAAAAGCGAGACAUCCGUCGACCGAUGAAUGCUUUCCUGAUUUUUUGCAAGCGUCAUCGUAGCAUGGUCAGAGAGAAGCAUCCAGAACGCGACAACCGUAGUGUGACCAGGAUCUUAGGUGAUCUGUGGGCCAACCUUGCUAUGGAGGAAAAAGUCAUCUACACCAAUCUGGCUAAACAGUACAAAGAUGCAUUUAUGAAGGCCAAUCCUGACUACAAGUGGCACAGUUCUGAGAAACUGCCACAGCCUGCCAAGAUGUCAACAAGACCCACAAAUACCCGUGUUUUAGGAAGUUCAUCUGGGGCGGAAGGCCCGCCACAAGGGUCCAUAGUCUCUGGGCAGUUGGCAGAUCCAGAUAAGAUGGGAGGUCUCAGCCUUCUGCUCAUGGCCGGGCAGCACAGCAUGGCAGGUCGGGAACGAAGCUCGCCAGCCUCUGUUUUGGAAAGACGGAUGACGUCUCCUGAUCUCAGUAGUUCAAAUUCUGCACUGCUGCAGUUAGCAGAGAUGUGUUCCACAGAGCUCCAUGGCAAACGUCCAGACACCUCUAUUCUGCGUUGUGCUCCUCCAAAAAAACGAGCCCGACACUGGAGUUACAGUGAUUGUGGACAAACUGAUCUGCCUGAACAGAAAUCACCUUUCUUGCUAAAAGGGGAAUCUUUGUCAGCAACAGUUUUAGACUGCCCCAGUAAGAAAAGCAGUCUUGAAUUAGCCUGUAGUGAGGAUGUUCAAGUGAGUAAGAAACACAGCCUUGAUAUACCCUGUAGUGAGGAUACUGAAGUCAAGGCCAGCAGUUACAGAGCUUGCUUGCUGUUCGGCUCUAUUUGUGAUGAUGCCACAUGUCCAAGCUGUAAUAGAGCCAUUUCUCCAUGCUUGCAGAAACACAUAGAUGGCAAGCUAAAACCAAUGCAUCCUGUGUCUCCACUUAAAGCUGGGAGUGCGAGAGAAGGCCUGACAUGUCGAGGCAUUGACAACACAAAUGAGUGUGAUGAAGAAAGGGACAUGCAACAGGUCAGGCCAGGGCAGCAGUCAGCAGGAGCAUCAGCUUGCUUGCUUCCUAAUCAUGAUCAAGGUGUUGCCAGGGCUUUGCUGGCAGACAUUGGCAUGCCACCUAAGAAAAAAUUUACAAAGCUGCAAGUAUCACAACAGAAAGAAAAAAUAAACUGGCAAAGAUCGGGGUUAGGGGUAACCCAGACCCAAGGAUUGCAGUACAAAGAAAGCUGGAAGGGGCAAGAAGAACACCCUCUAACAUUCGCUUAGACUGGCAAGAAACACCGCAAAAAUUGG